AUGGAGAAGUGGUUCAACAGCCGACUUUUCGAACACAACCCGAAGCUGAGUCUCCGGAAUUGCAAGCUUGUGCUCUGCCACUUGGAUAUUGCGCCUCGAAAUCUCUUGUGGCAGGAAGAUGGCUCUCUCUGUCUUCUUGAUUGGGCAUCUGCAGGCUACUGUCCAAGGUUGUUCGAGUUCUGUGCUCAAUGGAUCAUCGAAGGAAAGGACGGCAGCUUCAAUUCCAUUCUUUUGAACUCGAUGAAUCCCCUCUCAGAUAUCGAGCUAGGACAGAAAGAGGCGAUUUUGUGUUUUUGGAGGAAUAUCCAAAAGUAUUCUUUAGUACCAAGUGGCAUCAAGAAAUGCUUCGAGUUUUAUCCCAGUACCUCCUCCGCCGAUGCCGGAAUACCCACCAGGCUGGAAUGA